AGCAGCAGCAACAACAACAACAUCAACAACAACAACAACAGUGUUGAUCCUUGCUCUCUCUCAUCACUUACUUUCACAAAGGAAUGGCUGCAGCAGAAGAAAAAUCAGCAACACAUCCCUGGAUCAAGGAUAAAGUUCUUGGGACUGGUGGAUUUGGGACAGUUACACUGUGGCGCCAUAAUGACACUGGGGAAACGAUCGCUUUGAAAAAGUGUCGCUGGGGUACUCCAGGAACGGGUACAGAGAACAUAUUAACAUCUAAACAUGUUGAGCGUUGGGAAAAAGAAGUGGAGAUCAUGAACCGUCUCUCUCACCCGGCAGUUGUUAAAUGUUUCCCAGUGGUACCUGAGCUGGCUGGUCCCCCUGGUGACUUGCCCAUGCUCUGCAUGGAGUACUGCAGUGGGGGUGACCUUCGCAAGGUAUUAAACAAACCAGAAAACUGUUGUGGUUUGCGAGAAGCAGCGGUUCGUGCUUGUAUACGAGAUAUAACGGAUGCGGUGGCAUACUUACACUCCAUGAGAAUAAUCCAUCGAGACCUGAAGCCAGAAAACAUUGUUCUCCAAGAUGUUGAUGGCAAGACAGUGCAUAAGCUUAUUGAUCUUGGUUAUGCCAAAGAACUGGACCAGAGUAGUGUGUGCACAUCAUUUGUGGGCACACUUCAGUAUCUGGCCCCAGAACUGUUUCUUAGCAAGAGAUACACCUGUACAGUUGAUUACUGGAGCUUGGGUCUAGUCACGCACGAGAUCAUCACAGGGGUCAGACCGUUUCUUCCCAAUAUGACACCUGUAGAAUGGAUGAAGCGAGUGCGAACAAAACAAUCUCACCAUGUUUGUGUGUAUGAAGGACGAAAUGGUGAAGUGCAGUUUUCAUCACACAUGUUCCCUGAAUCUCAUAUCUCGUCCCCUCUUAGAACUCGGCUAGAGGAGUGGCUACGAAUUAUCCUAGAGUGGGAACCUGCUGUUCGAGGACAGAUACAAAAUGAGGAUGGCAGCAAACAAGUAGUUGCCUUUACAAUGGUCAAUGAUAUUCUUAAUAAAAAGAUGAUCAAAGUGUUUGUAGUUGAUUUGUGUCGGCUAUUGGAGUAUGAAGUAUCAGAAGCAACAUCACUGUGUGAGGUUCAACAAUGGGUGGCUCAAGACAGUGGAGUGGCCAUAGAAGACCAGAGGCCACUGCUUCCUCGUGGUCAGCCUCCUGAUUCAUCACGAUCAGCCAUCCAGUGCUGGGCUCCACCAGAUGAGGAUGAGUGGCUAUUGUAUAUCUUUGCUGAAGGUAUGACUCGACCUCAGGUACCACCACACUUCCCACCCCUGGUGGAAGCAAUGUUGCGUGAGCCACGGACAACCGUUGAUUUCCAGACCCAACGCAGGAUGUGGGCACACGCUAUCUUCUUCCUCCACCGUGAGGCCCGGCUCCUGACCCUCCUGACGCAAGCACAGAAGGUGUCCAUGCUCCAUCUAAUGUCUGGGCAUGCUCAGCUGACAAAAACUGGCCAGAGAAUGCUUAGUGAUAUUGCAAAGUUGCAGGCACGUCAUCAUCUCUUCAUGGAAGCCCUCAAUACCGACCUUGAUUUUUAUGAUGAGCAAGCUUCAUCAGGAAGGUUAACUUCAGAGAAGCUAUACAGUGGCUGGCGUGAGAUGGGAGAAGUCACACUGAGGCAGGUGCAUGCUGUGGUGGAACGAGUGCAGCAGUUAGAGGGCUCUCUCACUGCUCUUAACACACGCAUAUUGGAGCUUCAGUGCUCACCGUUUGCCCGUGCACGUGCUAGUGACUCUCUCGAUUCUGUGUUGACGGCUGGAGAAGAACUGUACUGCAACCUCCGACGCCGUAAUAAAGAGCAGCGGACAACACCACAUGAUAACACUGACAUGUGUAAGCUGCUGCUUCAGGCAUUGAGAAAGAGGGACAGACUACAACAGGAUCUCUACAAACAUGUGGAAAAGCAGAGUGAAUGCUGCAGUGAAGUUGCAGCACUUUCCUCCCCUCUAGAGACAGUGCUGCAGGACACAGCUAGAACAGCACAACAUAUAUCUUCUCUUCAGAAGCAGCGUCAAAAGGAUAUAUGGAAGAUAAUGGAAAUUGCUAUCAAUCACAGUCGAAAUGCUGGCACUACUGGAGCAGCACAAGCAAAUGUGCAUCCAAUUCCUAAUGCGAAAAAUUUACAAAAGAAGCCACCAUCGCCUGCAGCUCUAGCCUCGCUCACUGCACUGCUUGAGAAAUCGAGUAAAGAAUCUGAUGCCAUCAUUGCAGAGAAUCGUGCUCUUCGCUGCCAAAUGGUUGAAAUGCUUACUGGAAAUGUCAACACCAAUCUUGUGAUCAGUGAUAUCAAGUCCCCAAGUGUUUCAGCACCUCAAGUCUUCUUGGAUGGUCUACAGCUGCCUCCACCUGCCAGUACACGCCGUACCCCAUCUCCAACUUCACUGACAUCGCCCAUAAAGGCAGUCGAAACUUCCUUGUAGCACCCGGACAAAUUAGUUAGCUAAAUAUUUUUAUUGAAAUAGAGAUUUGUAUAUAUCAGGCAAAAAUGUUAUCAAACAUUGUUGGAACUGAUAGUAUUCUGCAUAAGCAGAACUGUACAGAAAGCUUAAUCUAAUGAGAUUGGCUGUUAUUUUCUUCAUAAAUUAUAUUUUAAUUAAAUUUUAAAGAAAACACUCUUACCAUAUAGUUUUUAUUGGUGGUUUGCCAUGCUGUGAUUUAACUCUGAGAGAUCUUAACUCCACUGUUUUUUAGAUUGAGCCAUAGUUGAUAUGGCCGCAUUUAAUCUUUUAAAACUAUAACUCAUUUUCUAAUUGCUUUUAAAACAAGUGAAAAGUAACCGAUCACUUGAGAAAUAUUGCAGAAGUAACAUAAAUAAUUGCAUAACUUUUUAUGCUUCACACAAAUUCACUUUUUUUUUUUUUUUUUUUAUUGGUCAUUUCUUCUUCAUGUGUCAUGGGUAAUAAAUUUAGUAAUGAAAUGACUGAUGCUCAUAUAUCUUAGUUACAAUUAUAGGUUUAAGAAAUAUUAUUUACUUAAUUUAUAGUUAUAGUUAAUUUAUAGUUAUAUAGCAGGAAGUGUGUAAAUAUGCCAUCAAAAGUUAUGGUGUUUGCUUCACUAAUAUGAAUUAAUGAAGAUGCAUGUACAGCAUCUCAAAUAUCAGGUAAAUUAUAAAUAUUUAUAGUAAUAUUUUGUGGCACCUAAAUGCAUAUUUUUUCUUUUUUUUUUAAGUAUUUGUUCAGUUGCCGCAUAUGCAUGGAGGCAAAAAGGAAAAUAUGUGAGAGUAUAAGUAAGUAAGUAAGUUUAUUCAGGUAUACACAAAUACAGUUACAUAGAAUUAUCAUACAUAGCAGCAUAUGUGUAGAGAACCUAGGAUAGCCCAAAUAAGUCAGACAGAGUGACUUAUUUCCAUUGGGUGUGAAGCAUGGGUUGCGAAUGUUGCAGUGAGGAGAAGGCUGCAAGCAGUGAUGUUGUGUCUAAGGGCAAUGUGUGGUGUGAAUAUUAUGCAAAAAAAUCAUAGCUUGGAGAUUAUGAGGUGCAAGGUUACUGAAAGUAUCAUCCAGAGGGCCAAGGAAGGGUUGUUUAGGUGGUUUGGGCAUUUAGAAAGUAUGGAGCAAAAUAGGAUGACUUGGAGGGUAUACAAAUCUGUAGUGGAAGGAAGGCAGGGUAGGGGCCACCCUAGGAAAGUUGGAGGGGGAGGGGGUGUAAAGGUUUUGUGUGCAAGGGGGCUUGGAUAUUGAACAGGAAUGUGUGAUUGUGUUAGAUAGGAAUGAGUGGAGGCAAAUGGUUUUCAGGACUUGAUGGUCUGUUGGAAUGUGAACAAGGUAACAUUUGUGAAGGGAGUCAAGGAAACUGGUUAAUGGACUUGAGUCCUGCUAGUGGGAAGUGCAGUGACUGUGCUCUGAAGGAGAGGUAGGGUAUUUGCAAUUUGGCAGGGCAUCUGAACUGCUUCUGGCAAGAUAGUGAUAAGAGGGAAUGCUGGUGAAAGUCUUUCUUUUUUUUCGGAUCACCCUACCUCAUUGGGAGACUGCCGAUGUGUUAAAACUAAAAUAUACUUUAUCUUUCCUUAUUUGCUAUUUGUAAGCAGUUUUUUUUUUAAUCCCUGUAUGUGUCAUUUUGUAUUCUGUAGCCGAGCAAAAGAGCAUUCAGCUCACAACAGAAAGGAUGUAGGUUUAAUUCGCAACCUUUUCAGUGGCUGCCACAUAGAAAUACAUCAUUGAUGCCAGGGUCCCUCAUGUAAUUUUACAUCAUAAGCUCAGCUCACUCACAUAAUCUGUGAGAAGUAAAUUUUGUCCUGAAUAUGAGAGAAUGGGUCUGCGUGGUGAGUGUUCACUGUAUAAAAAAGAAAAUUCUGCUCCUUGUGGUGUAUGAUGAGAAAAACAAAACUCUGACCAUGUUUAUGGUUUAAGAUAGUGACUUUGAGGUGUUUUCUCAGAUUUUUUUUUAUGGUUUUAUUAGCCAUUUCUUAGUAUCAGUUGAUAGAGUGAAAGACUUAUUAUUGAAAUAGAGAUGAUUUUGGUUGGUUUACAAACCAGAAGUAACUUGAAAUCGAGCUUAAAUUAGCGGAAAUAUUCGAUGUUUUUUACCAUUUUCUUGAGGACAAGUAAGGCCCCCCCCAUAUCCCAGUCUAUUUUGUGGGUUUUUAAUAGAUCUGAUUCAGCUAUUGGGACACCAGAGAUGUAAGCCAUAGCUCCAUGUCUUCCUUUGCGGAUGACACCUGGAUCACCAUGGCAGUGACCUCCAUCGAAGAUACUGCGAGACUCCAAGUGGACAUCAACCAAAUCUUCGAAUGGGCCACUCACAACAAUAUGAAGUUCAACGAGGAGAAAUUUCAACUACUCAGAUAUGGAAAACUUGAAGAAAUUAAAAAUGUGUCAGGGUAUACCACAAAUUCUAACCAUACAAUAGAGCUGAAAAGUAAUGUGAAGGACCUGGGAGUGAUAAUGUCAGAGAAUCUCGCCUUCAAAGAACACAACAAUGUACAUGUAUUUACUUCAUCCGCUAGGAAAAUGAUAGGAUGGAUAAUGAGAACCUUCAAAACUAGGAAUGCCAAGCCCAUGAUGAUUCUCUUUAAAUCACUUGUGCUCUCUAGGCUGGAAUACUGCUGUACACUAACGGCCCCCUUCAAGGCUGGCGACAUUGCAGACCUGGAGAGUGUACAAAGAACUUUCACAGCACACACAAGUGCGAUAAGGCACCUAAACUACUGGGAAUGGUUGAAGGUCCUUGAUUGUAUUCCCUGGAAUGCAGGCGAGAGAGAUACAUGAUAAUAUACACUUGGAAGGUCCUGGAGGGAUUGGUACCAAACAUGCACACAAAAAUCACUCCAUAUGAAAGCAAAAGACUCGGCAGGAGAUGCAACAUUCCCCCAAUGAAAAGCAGAGGCGCCACAGGUACACUGAGAGACAACACAAUAAGCGUCCAGGGUCCAAGACUGUUCAUUGCCUCCCAGCAUACAUAUGGGGAAUUACCAAUAGACCCCUGGCUGUCUUCAAGAAGGCACUGGACAAGCACCUAAAGUCAGUACCUGACCAACCGGGCUGUGGUUCGUAUGUCAGCUUGCGUGCGGCCAGUAGUAACAGCCUGGUUGAUCAAACCCUGAUCCACCAUGAAGCCUGGUUUCAGACCGGGCCGCGGGGGCGUUGACCCCCGAAACCCUCUCCGGGUAAACUCCAGGUAAACCAUAAACCAUGACCAGUCAUUCCUGACUAUGUUUUAUAUCUGAGAAACAGAGCAAAGUCUUCUGUUCUUUUGUGUGAUUGUGAAUUCAAAAUGGAAGACCUGGGGGCAUGAUUAAUAAAGAGAAAAAAUAUUGCUUUAUUUUGGACUAUAUUUUUAAACGUGUAUUUUUCUAAUUUUGUUUAAAGUUAGCUGAAUUACCAAAUUCUGUGCACUUUAUAAUGUAGUUGAGACAGUUAAAUGGGCAAUUCUUUUGCUCAGUCGAUAGAAUGGAAGGCAUACUAGCAAAAUAGCUAAGAAUUUGGUAUAGUGGAGCAAUGAAAUUGCCUUAAAAUAGGACUCAAAAUGGGUGAAAUCAUCUGUGUAAAUUGUGCCGAGAAUGCUAACUUUGCCCCUGCGUAAUUCCAUAAGAGUUCCAUCAAAUUUCAUACUUUUGGUGUCAUUACUUUCAGAAAAAGAUUCUCUGCCAUUUCAGAAUAAAAAUAAUAAUAUAUAUUUUUUUUAAUGUGGACACUGAGAGCAGUAUUAAUUUUGAGGGUCUGAACAACGAAUGGAUCAAGUUGAGUAAGUCUUUUUUUUAUGUCUGCUGUCAUGUUUAUCAACCGCUGUGGGUUGUAUCCUGGGGAGGAACCUGCAAUGGUAAUAACUCAUAAUAAUUGCUUUAUUGAAUUAUUUUAGAGCAAUAAAACCUAGAAUAAAUCUUUUAAUCAUAUGUUAUAAUGUGGUGACAAGUAAAGCAAGUAUGCGUGUUGUAAGAGGCGACUAAAAUGCCGGGAGCAAGGAGCUAGUAACCUCUUCUCCUGUAUAUAUUACUAAAUGUAAAAGGAGAAACUUUCGUUUUUCCUUUUGGGCCACCCCGCCUCGGUGGGAUACGGCCGGUGUGUUGAAAGAAAGAAGAAGAAGUAAAGCAAGUGUGCUCUCAGAACUGGUGCUGCUGUAAAAGGUUUACAAGGGUCUACUUAUAUAAGUCACUUUAGCAGCAACCUGUUGGUAGACCUACUGCACCAGUACAUAGACCCUACAAUCACUUUUAACCCAAUAAAUGAUUUGUUUACCUUAUGCACACCCACUUCCUGUGUUGGGGCAAAGGUACAUAAAUUAGCUUCUUGAGUUGCUGUUGCUAUUGCUUUUAAGAACAUGGAGAU